AUGGAGACUGCCUGGACCCAGCAGAGAUCCAGAGAGGAAUGGAGUUACCGCGAGACCUUCAUGGGAUGGGGGCUGCUAAGUGUCCUGCUACUUAGCCUGACUGUCUUUUCUGUGCUCCUGUACUAUACCUUCAACAGCUGUGGACCCCGCCCUUGUGAGAGCCCUGUGUGCCUGGCGCUUAUGGAAAAUUAUCUGAUGACUGGCAAUGCCAGUGCCCUGCCCUGCACAGACUUCUUCAGCUUUGUCUGUGGGAACUUGACAUCUGGAUGGGCCAACGAGUCCAGGAAUGUACUUCAGAUUCUGAAAGAGGAGAACCAGCAUCAACUCCGGAGAAUACUGGAAGCUUCAGUUUCCUGGCCUCCUGACUCUGCAGUGGAGAAAACUGUGAGGUUCUAUAAAGCCUGCAUGGACACAGAUGCCAUUGAGGCUUCAGGGGCAGAGCCUCUUCUACAGGUCAUCGAGGAGCUGGGGGGCUGGCGGAUCUCAGGUAACUGGACGCCUCCUGAUUUUAACCAUACCUUGAAGCUGCUAAUGAGUCAAUAUGGUAGUUUCCCAUUCUUCAAAGCUUACUUGGAGCCAAGACCUCCACACAUGCCUGUCAUCCAGAUUGAUGAACCAGAGUUUCAGAUGCCUUUUCGACCUGAUCAGAAGAACUACACCCAGAUAUUGAGAGCAUAUGUGUCAUACCUGGAACGACUGGGAACCUUGUUGGGGGGAGACCAAAAGGUCGUGUUGGAGCAUGCCUAUCUAUCAAUAACCAUAACUUCAAGUCUCUUUAUGAUUGCAAAUCCCUCAGUCCAGGAGAAGACAGAGGACAAGCUCUUCCAAGAAACUACCAUUGCUCAGCUGCAGGAAAUGGCCCCUUCCAUUGACUGGCUAUCUUGCUUACAAGCAGUGUUUUCUGCGAUGACCCUCAGCCCCUCUCAGCCCAUCAUAGUUCAUGACUUGGACUACAUUAGAGGCAUGUCCCAGGUGAUAGGACAGAAGGCAAUGUUCAGAGAUUACCUUCAGAGCCACAUGAUCCUAGGACUGGUUUCAACGCUCAUUCCUGCUUUAGACAGUCACUUCCAGAAUGCACAGAGGAAUCUGAGCCAGAAACUUCAGGAAUUGGCAGGAUGGUCUCCCAUUACACUCAACAUCCCUCGAUGGAAGAAAUGCAUUAAGGAGACAGGGACCUUCUUCAAGCCCACAUUGGGAGCAAUGUUUGUUCAGGAAACCUUCAGCCGUGGCAGCCAAGAUGUUGCGACUCAACUUUUCUCUGAGAUUCAAAAUGCCUUGAGCAGACACUUGAAGAGACUUCACUGGAUGGAUGAAGGAAGCCAGAGAGAAGUGCAGAUCAAGUUAUCCCAGUUGAAGGUAGAGAUGGGGGCUCCAGAGGAGAUAUUAAAGCAUGAUCCAGCCAAACAAGACUAUCAGAAUAUAAAUUUUGGCUCCAGUUAUCUUCAGACAGUCCUGAGUUGUUCCCGAUCUUUCCAAGAGAGGACCAUGAGAGGCUUUCUGGAGCCUCCCUACAGGCACAGUUGGAAGGUAUUCCCUUGGGAUGUCAAUGCCUAUUAUUCCAUGCCAGAUAAUGUGGCUGUUUUCCCCGCUGGACUUUUACAGCCCCCAUUCUUCCACCCUAGUUACCCAAGUUCUGUGAACUUUGGAGCUGCUGGCAGUGUGAUGGCCCGGGAAUUAAUGCAUAUCUUCAACCAGUAUUUGGUCCCAGAGGGCUGCCCUGCUUGUGAUACCCCCACCCUGAAUGGGGAGCUGUUCUGCUUACAGAAACACUAUGAGUCCUUCUCACUGCCAACAGGGAAUACAUUCAAUAACUCCCACACCCUGUUGGAGAAUGCUGCUGAUAUAGGCGCACUGGUUAUUGCAAUGCAGGCAUAUAAGAAGUGGCUACAGAAGCAUAAAGGGGAGACCAUCCUGCCCAGCUUAGGCCUUAGCCCCUAUCAACUCUUCUACCAAAGCUAUGCCAAGGUCAUGUGUGGCAGUCUCACCUCUCAGGAUGCUCAAGACCUCCAUAGCCCUCCUAUCCUUCGUAUCCAUGGGCCCCUCAGCAACAUUCCAACAUUUGCUAGACACUUUCACUGCCCAAGAGGUACCCCUAUGAACCCUAGCAGCCGCUGCCAACUCUGGUGAUCUGCCUGAGUGUACUGCCUAGCUAUGAA